AGUAAUUCUUACACGUUCGAAAAUAUUAUCGUCUGAAGUAAACGCACUUUCGAAAGUAGUUUGCUAGCUUUACAUUUAAAUCCAAAUGCUGCUUGUCUGUUUACGUAGUAGCUUUAGGGAGAGGAUUCGUGUGUUCUGCUCGCGAGAGAUAAACAAAAUGGCCUUUAACAACGCUAAAUUGACCGACGAAGUAAGGGAGACAACCCUAUCGCCGCUGAAGGAAAACGGUUGGAGCGUAACAGAUGGAAGGGAUGCAAUUUACAAGGAAUUUCAGUUCAAAGAUUUUAAUCAGGCCUUUGGGUUCAUGACUCAAGUUGCUUUAAAAGCUGAGAAAAUGAACCAUCAUCCAGAGUGGUUCAAUGUCUACAAUAAGACUUGCAUCCUUCUCUGCUCAAUGCUGGAAGCCCAUGCUUCUUCUGUGUGUACCCAAGUUCAUCCCAACAAACACACACCAUGGUUCCUCAGCAUUCUCGUUGAGCUGCAGGGAGCUAAGGUGGAGCAUCGAUGAACUGAGAGGUUGUGGUGUAUGUCUGGGUUGACUGUCUAUAAGUAGAUGCUAAAUGCUACCAAGCGCGAAGUCAUUCACCUUGUUUAUUUGUCCAAAACUGAAUUACUCCGUGCUCACAUCAGUACUUGUUCACUGAGUAGGAGCCUAUUUACCUGCAACCACCUGGGCUGCUUAAACAUGCCACAAGUGCCCACGGUCAUUGCACCUGCUUUACAGCCUGAGGCUUUCAGUGAGUUUUUGGUAAUAAUAAUUUGUAAAGUGCAUACUCACAUUCCGAAGGAGCAUGCUCUUAGCGCUUAAGAACAAGACCGAAACUUGCACAGCAUACAAGGGAUAGGAAAACAAACAAAUAACAUAUGAAUUAUAAAAGAAGAAACAACUUUACUAACAAAGAAUAAAAUCAAAUACAGAAAACACAAAGAGGAAUAAAAUAACAAGAACAAGAGCUAAGAGUAACAUAUUGCACAAGGAAGGGUGUGAAAAAGGACCAGCUUUAUGGGAAAGAUUGUUAGGAGUAAUGUUCACGGAAGAGGUGUGUUUUCAGUGCAUGUGUAAAGGAUCCAAAAGUGGGUAGGUGGUAGGUAUGGGCAGGGAGAGAGUUUCAUUGUUUCACUGCAGAAUGACUAAAAAUCCUGUAGCCAUAUGUUGUUCUGGUGACAGGAAAAGUAAGAAGAUGAUUAUUAGAUGAAGAGUGUUGUCUAGCUGGGACAUAAGGGAAGAGCAGUUCAGAGAAAUAAUCAAGGCAGGUGCUGGCAAAUAAAACACAGCACAGAAAGUUUGUACUAGACAGAAUAUGACGGAUGGUGCUGAUCUUACAUAGCUCAUUGAGCUGUAACUUGUUUAGCAAGAGUCUGCAGUACAAUGAUUACCAGGUUCCUGAUGAGGGACGCAAAUGUUAUGUUGGUUUCACCCACCU